ACAGGUCGCCGCUCAGCCCCUGGGCCGCCACCGGGCUCUCGUCCUUUUACAGCGGCUUUUCUUCUUGCAACACCGGCCCGGGCCUGCGGGACCCUCCCACCUGCAGCUCCUCCGAGAACACCAUGAACAAUGGGGUCCUGUGCCUCUUGGCACCUCCAGGCCGAUUCCCAGCCCCAGCGUCUGCCUCCGCGCUGUCACCCUGACCCCGAACCCUAAGCCUGGCCCGGACCCCUAACCCUAACCCUGGCCCUGACUCUGACCCUGACCUCGGUCACGCAGGGGACUCCGACCAUCAGGGACCCGGGAAGGGACCGUGGCGCAGGGCUGGGCGGCCUGAGCUUUUGGGGGCGCGGAGUGAGGAGGCGGGACCUGGGCGCAGGAGUUGGUGGGGAGACGGAGGUAGGAGGGGCCCCAGGAUCCGGGACCACGUGCUCGGACCGGACUCGCGCAGGGCCGAGCCGACCUCCGGCCUCUGACCUCCGACCCCGAUCCAGCCCUCCUCGCGUGCGGGCCUCUCCUCGGCCGGGCUCGGUUUCCCGAGGGCGCAUUUCCGGCUGCACCGCGGGCCGCCCGGACCGCCCUGGCGGAGGCACCUUCCGGCGGCCCCGGCGCGGAGCCCUGGGCUCGGCUGCGGCCCCGUGGCAGCGGCCCUACGCGAACCCGGAGCCCCGCACGCCGCCCCGAGGCCCCCGCCCCGAGGCCCCCGCCCCGAGCUUGGCCCCUCAGAGUGGAGACGAGAUGCCAAAGCUGCAGGGCUUCGAGUUCUGGAGCCGCACCCUGGGGGGGGCCCGCCACGUGGUGGCCCCCAUGGUGGACCAGAGCGAGCUGGCCUGGAGGCUGCUGAGUCGCCGCCACGGGGCCCAGCUCUGCUACACGCCCAUGCUGCACGCCCAGGUCUUCGUCCGCGACGCCAACUACCGGAAGGAGAACCUGUACUGCGAGUUCUGUGCCAACGACCCGGAGGUGUUUGUCCAGGCGGCGCUCCUGGCGCAGGACUACUGUGAUGCCAUCGACCUGAACUUGGGCUGCCCCCAGAUGAUAGCCAAGCGGGGUCACUACGGCGCCUUCCUGCAGGAGGAGUGGGACCUGCUCCAGAGAAUGAUUCAGCGGGCCCACGAGCAGCUUUCUGUCCCGGUCACGUGCAAGAUCCGGGUCUUCCCAGAGAUUGACAAGACCGUGAGGUACGCCCAGAUGCUGGAGAAGGCUGGCUGCCAGCUGCUGACGGUGCACGGGCGCACCAAGGAGCAGAAGGGGCCUCUGUCCGGCGCCGCGUCCUGGGAGCACAUCAGGGCCGUGCGCAGGAAGGCCGUGGCCAUCCCUGUGUUUGCCAACGGGAACAUCCAGUGCCUGCAGGACGUGGAGCGCUGCCUGCGGGAUACGGGGGUGCAGGGGGUCAUGAGUGCAGAGGGCAACCUGCACAACCCCGCGCUGUUCGAGGGCCGCAGCCCUGCCGUGUGGGAGCUGGCUGAGGAGUACCUGGACCUGGUGCGCCAGCACCCCUGCCCGCUGUCCUGCGUCCGGGCCCACCUCUUCAAGCUGUGGCACCACACGCUGCAGGUGCACCAGCAGCUUCGCGAGGAGCUCGCCAAGGCGAAGACCCUGGAGGGCGUGGCCGCCGUGAGCCAGGAGCUGAAGCUGCGGUGUCAGGAGGACAUGUUGCGGCAGGAGGGGGAGGAGCCCUCGGGCGGCCUGCCUUUCUUCCACUGGAUCUGCCAGCCCUACUUCCGGCCGGGGCCCAAGGAGGGGAGCAAGGAGAACACAGGCGCCCGCAGUAAGCGGGCCCUGGAGGAGGAGGAGGGCGGUGCAGACGUCGUGUCCAAGAACAAGCAGAAGAAGCAGCUGAGGAACCCCCACAAGACCUUCGACCCCUCGCUGAAGCCAAAAUACGCAAAGUGCGACCAGUGUGGGAACCCCAAGGGCAACAGGUGUGUGUUUAACCUCUGCCGGGGCUGCUGCAAGAAGCGAGCUUUCAAAGAGACUGCGGACUGCCCAGGUCACGGAUUGCUUUUUAAAACCAAACUGGAGAAAUCGCUGGCCUGGAAGGGGGCCCAGUCCCAGCUGCAGGAGCCCCCGCAGGCAGGGCCCGGGGACCCAGGCGGCUUCCCGGAGGUCCUGGGCAGUGCCCUGGCCUGAAGGCCGCCAGAGGCCGCCGCCCGCCCCUCCGGGCUCAGGACUGUGCGAAGCCCCCCACCCCUAAGGAGACGCCUUCACUCAGGGAACCUCCUGCUCCUCCACACCCCUCGGCCACACCAGGCUGAGCGCGGCCCCGGCGAGUGUUCCCAGGCUGGACCUGCCCUGACCUCGCACCGUGUGCCCUAAAGUGAACAAUAAACCUUCAGAGACGUGCGUGCA